UCGAUGCUACGGAAUUAGCGAGCAGCUAGCAGCGAAGCGUCAUUAAAUGUGUAAGAGUCACAUGAAUGUGUCGUUUUCGUUUCCACAACGGUGUGCUGUGUUCUGUAGACAGGGCGUGUAAAUGUGCCUCCCUUUGUCACCGGUGACGCGAUAGUAGUUUGUCCUACUCUCGUUAGCUACUAGUUGUAACUUUCACAGUGGAAUCAGUGGAGGAGAUACAGUGUCUGUCUGGGUUAAUCGGCUAACAGCUAGCGCUAGCCGCCACACAGCACAGGUCGGCGUUAGCUGUCCGCUUAAUGAACAACUUUGGUCCGUCUCUCUUGCGCUUGAAGGCUUGUGUUUUUCGUGCGGCAGUAACCUUUUACAUCCCAUGAGAACAUCUGGAUCAGAAUUUUGUGAUUAUUGUGAUGACCUUAAUCAUUGCAUCCCUGACCUAAAUUAAAUACAUAAUAUUGCUUCCCGACCUAAUACACAUCUCAUCCUGGAAACAUUAUGAUUAUCUAUUGUGAACCCACCCAGCCCGAUGGACAAGUAUCCCCACAAUCAAGCUCUCCAAAUGAUAUGAUAGUAGCCACCUGGAUCACUUUCUGUGCCUGCAGGAACCUUGCACAGGUUCUGCUCUUCCUCGCCUCCUCUACACUACCUUCCUCUCAUUCGGGAGACACUUGCAAGUGUGUCUCCGGCACUGGAAAUAUGGGUAACAGCUGUGUGUGCCGGGAGGAUAGUGAUUUGGAGGACCAUCACCAUGGGUCUUCAAGGGCCCCCCGAGGACAGGCAAGGCGGCUGGAUCAUGGUACAGGCGUUAGGGUUGAUGCCGUUGAGGCUCGGAGCAGUCGACCUAGGGACCCGGUGAGGCCGCCACGCAGAGGGCGAGGGCCUCACGAGCCACGGCGGAAAAAACAGAAUGUGGAUGGUCUUGUUCUGGACACACUGGCUGUCAUCAGGACGCUUGUGGACAAUGACCAAGAGCCCCCCUACUCCAUGAUCACUUUACACGAGAUGGCAGAGACUGAUGAUGGAUGGCUGGAAGUGGUUCAGUCCCUGAUUCGAGUGAUCCCACUAGAUGAUCCACUUGGUCCUGCAGUGAUCACCCUCCUAUUGGAUGAGUGUCCGCUGCCCACCAAGGAUGCUCUGCAGAAACUCUCUGACAUGUUGAGUCUGAGUUCAGCUGUAGCGCGACAGGACGCUCUAAAUCCUGCAAAACACAGAAACACCACAGCUGUCCUAGGUUGCCUGGCAGAGAAACUGGCUGGACCAGCCAGUAUUGGACUCUUGAGCCCUGGAACACUUGAGUACCUUCUGGAGAGUCUGAGCUCUGAGGCCCAUCCUACGGUCAUGUUGUUUGCUCUCAUCGCUUUGGAGAAAUUCUCUCAGACCAGUGAAAACAAACUCACGGUUUCUGAGUCGUGUAUCAGCAAUCGACUUGCGGUCCUAGAGUCGUGGUCAGAUCACCCCGACUACCUGAAGAGGCAGGUUGGAUUCUGUUCACAGUGGAGCCUUGACAACCUGUUCCUUAAGGAUGGUAGACAGUUCACCUACGAGAAGGUCAACCUCACUAAUAUAAAUGCCAUGCUCAACAGCAAUGAUGUCAGCGAGUAUCUCAAAAUCUCCCCCACUGGACUAGAGGCACGAUGUGAUGCUUCUUCCUUUGAGAGUGUCCGCUGUACAUUUUGUGUGGAUUCAGGCGUCUGGUACUAUGAGGUGACAGUCAUUACAUCUGGCGUGAUGCAAAUAGGAUGGGCCACCAAGGACAGCAAGUUCCUCAAUCAUGAGGGUUAUGGAAUAGGAGAUGAUGAAUAUUCAUGUGCGUAUGAUGGCUGCAGGCAGCUCAUCUGGUACAAUGCUCGCAGUAAACCUCAUUCUCACCCCUGCUGGAAGGAAGGAGAUGCCAUUGGAUUUCUGUUGGACCUCAGUAAGAAGCAGAUGAUUUUUUAUCUGAAUGGACAUCAGUUGCCACCAGAGAAACAGGUCUUCUCAUCAGCCACGUCCGGUUUCUUCGCAGCAGCCAGCUUCAUGUCAUACCAACAGUGUGAGUUUAACUUCGGGGCCAAGCCUUUUCGUCACCCACCUUCUGUUAAGUUCAGCACCUUUAAUGACUUUGCUUCACUGCUGCCCAGCGAAAAGAUCAUCCUACCCAGACACCGGCGUCUGGCGUUACUUAAGCAGGUUAGCAUCCGAGACAACUGCUGCACACUGUGUUGUGAUGUCAUGGCUGACACAGAGCUGCGGCCCUGUGGACACGGUGGUAUGUGUAUGGAGUGUGCCUUACAGUUAGAGACGUGCCCCCUGUGCCGGCAGGACAUCCAGACCAGAGUCAGACUCAUUGCACAUGUCUCCUGACACACUCCCGGCCCCUACUCGAGUAAGGAGAGACACACAAGCCCUAUAGCAUCCUCCUCCUCUAAUCCCCUCUCACCCAACAGGGCUGUGAGGACAGUGCAAGGAAGUUGUAAUGAUAGCAACUUUAAAUUCUGGUCACAGGAGGUGAUGCUGGAGACAUGGAGAGAAGGAAAGGAGAUGAGAGAAGGGGAUUUAUUUGCAGCUUGGUUCCCAGGCUUUUCCUCAUUUACCUACAUCUCCUUUUUUAUUCCCUUUGAAACCUCAUUGCAAAAGCUGGGACAGGAAUUACCAACUUUCUGCAAACAAUUUUUUUCUGCAGAAUGAACAGAUAUGAGGAGCAGAUUAUUUUUACCACCUUACAGAACUGACCUCUUAUUUCCCCCUGCAGAGUUAGCAGACAUUCUGUCAGACACGAGGAUCUCACAGCGCUUUCAGCCCAUAGGCUACUACUAUUUAAUCCCACUACUAUCGUGCACAUGUUUGCAAAUCUGAAAGGGCUGGGUAGCAGAAAAGGAAACAGCCUGUAGUACAGUAUUAAACCCAAGGUACAAAUAAAUUAAAGAUGUAUCUCACUGUCUUGUGUGUGGGCAUAUAAUUAUGUUCUUGAGGUAGCAUUUUCAUUCUCUUUACUCAAGGUUGCAGCAACAUCUGUUAUUGGUCAUCUUCACUCACUUCACUGAUUGAUUGCCUAUUGACUAGUAGCGUUUGUGAUCAUUAAAAAAAUUCUUUUUGCUAUUGGGUUUCAGAAAAAAAUAGUUUUUUCUAGAGGUCAAUUUUCUGAUUUAAUUUUAAAAAUAAAAAUCAGCUGUCAUACAGCAGAGUAAGUUAAUGACUGUCAGUCUUGUUUAAAAACUACAUACUUGAAUCUGUGUUAGAAGAGAUUGAUUUUCAGCAAGGCUGUUCCGGCUGCUCUAAUUAUUUUUAAUGCAAAUACUGAUCUUUCUUCAGUUAUUUGUUACAAAUUCAAAGUGACAGAAAAUGCAUAUAAUUGAGCAGUGAGGGACCUCUGAGGUCCUGUCCAGACCAUCUGAAUUUAUCUCAGAUUUCUUGACUGUGGCAGAUUUGGCAGAAAUAAUCAAGUCUUAAUUUUUUUGUGAUUACAAACACAUGCAUCUGUAUUAAGAUAAAUUUCCAUGACGUAAUUUAAUUGUGUAUCAUAAAUAUUGGUGGUGAUGAUGGAAUAGUGUUUUCAGACCUUGGCUGGGAAGUACAACAGGUUUUGUUGACUGACUGUGAAACCAAUGUGAAAUGUUUGUGAAUUGUUUUCCCAGUAUCAGUUUACUACAUGUCCUGGGGUCAUUCUUAAGAGAGUUUCUUUCUUGGUCUUAUUUGCCUAAAUACAUAAUGAGAUUUGGUGAAGCUAGAAGCUACUCUCAUCACAGGUAUAUGAGUAAACCGUGUAGGCUUCAGCAGAGAGAAUAUGUGUAUUUGUGUUUUAUUCAUUAUAAAUCACAGAACUAUUGGUGAGAAUGCCUGCAUACAGAAUGGACCUUGUCAAAACAUGUUUGUCAGAUUGGAUGCGUGUUUUCUAGGUGAUUGGUUCACUCUGAUUUGUGGUUCCCCUCUUUGUGCUUUAUGAAAUUGCACAUUUCAUCUUGCCAUUUCUCCGUCUUUUGCUUUUUGUCUUCAGUCUUGUGUUCUUCUACCUUCUGUCCAUCCUUUACUUGAAGCAUCUGUGGCAACUGGUCAAUAAACAUAUGAGAGAUAUUGCAGGUAAAAAAGUUUCAACAUAUACAAUUACUGCAUAAUAUUUUGGUCAUUGUUUAUGAAGGCGUUCCCGUUCACUAAACUGCAUGACCAAAACCUGUGAAAUAAUUUAGAUUAUUGCAACAAUUUAUAAAAACUCAUAUGCAUCUCUCAAUAUAUAUAUAUAAGGAUCUAGUAUUUGUUUGCUACCUUGUAUUUCCUGGAGCACCUUAGACAUGGAGGUGAGAGAAAUUAUAUUGUUAUCUUUACAGUUGAAGCUGAUGUUCAAGAUUGUAAAGAAUUAAGCUGUCAGUUGUAUUUAAAAUAUCCAUAUAGAUUUUCUUUUGCCCCAGCGUUCCCAAAGAUGUGAUUUAUUGAAAAAAUGUUGUUUCUUGGAUUGUGAUAUUUGUAAUAAAUGGAUGUUCAUGUGA